GAAAAAAGGGGAAAGUUUUUUUCUUUUAUUUUCCUUUUUUCCUCUCUCUCUCCACGCGUUAGCUCUCUACCCCCUUCCCCCCUUGUUUUCAUUUUCUACAAGCACCAAAGCCCUAGCCGCCCAGACCUCCAUUCAUCGUCAUCGAACUCAGCGCGCCUAGACCUCCAUCUGUCGCUCGUCGAACUAAGCACCACCCAGACUUCCGUCCUCCGUUCGGUCUUUGAGGCUUAGUGCCACUUCGGCUGGUCGUCUUCUACAUGCGCGAGCUCCAAGCUACGAUUAGAGGUCACCGUUCAUGGUCUGAAGCCGUUCGCGGACCUGAAGCUGGUGUGGAUUUUCUUGUCACCAGCCUCGUCGUUCGCUAUCGCAGGGACCACCGGCCUUGCCAGUUGUCGUCACUCGCGAUUUCUGCUAGUCUUGCUGUCAAGUUCUCCAAUCGUGACUUUGUCAUAAUCUUGAGCUUUUGGUAAAGAUAUUUGGGUUUUGUUGUUUUUCUUGAAUAGAUGUUGAAUACCCAUUAAGUUCGUGUUGAAGCUGGUUUUAUUUACAUUAUUUUGAUUUUUAGAUGCAAGUUUUGAGAGGAGUUGGGGUGUUGUCGUUUUGAGAGGAGUUGAGGUGUUGUCCACUUGAUCUGAGACCGCUUUCAACAAGAUUUAGGUAGGUUUUGAGUUUUUCUAUGGAUAAUUUUUAGUUACCCACUAAGUAUCGGCUUAAUUAUUAAUAUAGAAUGUGCAUCGAGGUUAUGGUUUAUUGAUUGUUUUCAAAUUCAAUCUUUGAGGUUAGAUUCGAGGUUUGGAGAUCAGUGGCGUGCUUUCUAGCAGGAUUAAAGAUUAUUCGAUCCUUUCAUUGGUUUUAGUUCAAGUAAAUUGUUGGAGUUGGUUAUCGAGAUAACUUUCUUUGACUUAAUUUGAGCUAAGUGAAUCUGUUACCAAUGCUUCCGUGUCAAGCACCCUAAUUUAGAUUUAUCAAGUUACUAAUUGGAAUCUAGAAGUUAAGUCUUGGAAUUUGUGAUACGUUCUUGUUGCAUGAAUGUUUCUUUAUUUGAGGAGUUUGAGCAUGUCUAAGCUUGUAUGCUAUGUUAUGUUAUGAGCUAUGGGACUACUCAUGAAAUUUAUUUAUAUGUUGUAUGAUUAGACUAGUAGGGGUGAUAUGUCGUCUCAUCUCGAUGCAUGUUUAUUUAUAGGGGACCAAUGGGUCCAAUUUCAUGUUUGACGGUGUGCCUUCGGGCCACUAGACAUACGUGAAUAAACGGGUUCACGUUUAUGUUACUUUUUCAUGUUUGACGGUGAGCCUUUAGGCCCUAGACAUUCGUGAACUGACAGGCUCACGAUAUGUUUCUUUUCCAUGAUUAACAGUGUGUCCCAGGCCACUAGAAAUGCGAGUUGAUGCGAGUAAGGUUAUCCCUUUAGUUAGCCAUGCAGGAACAGUUUCAUCAUGCAUGUUCCACUAACCUCAGACAUUCAUUGCAUGUGAAUGCACUGCCUAUUCUCGAUAAUGGAAUCACUUACUGAGUAUUUUAUAGUUAUCCUUUAUGUCUACAUGUUUUUCAAGUAAGGGCAAGGACACCCGGGCGACUGACAAGAGGAAUCCAUGACAGGGCCAACGAGUGAAAUUCCCUUGUCUUCACUAACAAAACGGUCCCACCACCGUGUUCUUCAACCGAAAAAUAGUGAGAUUUACCGUUGGUGGUGUCAAUCGAGCACGGAGAGGAAGAUUGCGGUGGAUUCUACAAAGUCAUGCAACAUUGACCAGGUAAUCGUGGACGAGGUCCACGAUUAUCCUAAGUCGAGUACACGACUUAGUGGUCCCAUAAACCCAACGACCCUUUCCCUUUCCUCCCAUCCGAAGCUUUUGAACCUUCUUCCUCUCUCACAGUCACCGGUCGCCUACUCUGUCGCCGUCCAAUCAAUUGUCGCCGUCUUCGAUCUUUUUGCUGCUGCCACCAUGAGCCGAUCUACCACCUGCCAUCCUUCUUCUCGUCGAUCUACCAUCCGCCUUAGGCUAACAUUCUAGAAGAAAAGAGAUAAGCGAAGCACUCGAUCGUGGGGACAUGUAUACAGAAUAUACCAUAAGAAAGCUUAAGAAGUAGGGGAAAAUGAGCAUCUAUGCACGCAGUGACAUCUAUUGAUAGAGAAACUCAAAUUUUUGAAGUACAAACUGGCAUAAGUAUGAUUUCUCCUAUAAAAACCAACGCAUACAAGUUGUGAGCUUCAAAGAAGGAACUUGUUCUUGUAAUAAGUGGUAGUCAUUCAAGAUUCCAUGUCCUCAUCUAAUUGCAGUUUGUAAUUAUAUGUGUUUGACAUACAUACCUCUUAUUGAUGAACGUAACAAAUUGUCCCAUUUCAAGCGAUGUUAUGAAGGUCGCUUCCAUCCAAUACAACACCCAGAUUAUUGGCCAAAAUUAUCAUUUACAGAAGUUCGUCUAAAUGUAGACUUAC